AUGAAAAUCAGACCUAGAAUAAAAGAAACCAACAGGAACCGAACCAGUAGGAAUUCGAUUAGUAAAGGAGUAAUACUUCUGGAAAAAUACAUGUACUUGAAACAGGACCACAAUAUCGACCGGCUUGUUUUGAAACUAAAUGUCCGGAGAACACUCGUAUCUUACUGCCAUAACUUUGCUCCAAAAUUAGCGAAUAAAAGCGCCAUGAGAAUGAACCAAAAAUGUUUUGUCAAUUUAUUAGUGAUACUUGUGCCUUCUGGUUGUUUAAUAUAUUCAAUACUUGCCUCAUCUUAUAACACUGGCACUUGGCGUUAUGGCCCUGGAGGGUUUUUUCUGUAUCCGUAUUACCGAAUCCUUUUAUCAAACUUUACUGCAGAAGGUACUCUUGGUUUAAAAUGUCUAAUUCUAGGGCAGGAUGGACACACGGUGAAGCUAUUUGAGGUGGAACCUGAUUUAACGACAACCGACUUUUCACUUGUUGGCGCUUGUGAUAAUAAUGGCUUCUUUGCAACUUUGAUGGGAAACAUUGCGGAGUUUUAUGCAACUCCAUGGGCUUCUCUUAUUCAACAGUCAAGUUCGUCUUGCGUAGUGAUGAAGCAUUCAGCCACUGUUAGGUGCGUGGAUUCUCUUGUCUACCUGUUUUUCUGUAAUAAUUAUAACAACUUGGCUGCAAAUAAGAAAAUAGUCCCAUUCGAUAAAGACGCUGUUAUUGCUUUAUCUGUUGGCGUAAAUUUCCUCUUACUUAUAUUAUGCAAAGUGUCACGUCCUUGCGUAAUUAUCACUGGAUCUGAAGCAAGUUAUAUGCUUUUUGGUGGGUUAUCAGAGAGCCAACAAGACAACAUUUUCGGUCAUUUUUAUGCACAGUUAACUCACGUUCUCGUUAGUUUUAAAUACUCCACUGAAAGAACAAAUGAAGCAAUCGACCAAGUUACGCGGAAGUGCUCAGAUGUUUUACGUGAAUCUAAUCAUAAAUAUGCGCCAAGACAUUUGGUUAAUGCAGUGAGUUAUUUAUCGGAAACUGUUAAUAAGUUCUUUAUUAGUUUGGAUUGGAGACUGAAUGAUAAAAUCUUAAAAUCUUUUGAACCAUUUAAUUUCACUUCGCUUUUCACUCGUACAAUGUGUUUCUUAUCAAUGAGGCUUCCUACAGAAGAGGGCAUUGCGGAGAAGGCACAAGAGCAGUAUCAUCGAAUCCUAAAGAAUAAUUUUGUUUUGCUCCUUCAUAUCUCGGGAAAAAAAUGCGACACGAUAAUUUAUCAUAAUUUAUCAUUUUCUAUGCAGAAAAAUAGCAAAUGUCGGAUUUUUCACUCACUUGUCUCGUAUUUUCUUAUGAUUUUUGGUGUGUUCAUUGCUGCUUAUAUUAGCAGUCAAGUGUUUCACGCUUACAUUGAAUUUGUGGCGAUUUACUCCCAAAUUAAGAGGUCGUGGCGUUUUUGCUGA